CAGUUUAUUCUCUCAAUUCCUGCUUGGAUUAGAAUGAUGGGCCUACAGCAACCAACACUACAAAGAAGACGGACAAUAACACUACAAAUCUUCUUCUAUUAUGAGGGGGGAGAUCAAAAUGGCAGUGUGCAGAACUGAACUAUUCCUUCUGCCUCGCACCACUGACCAAAAAGAAUACAGACCGAACAGAAUCUCCUCUCCACCAUUACGGCGGUCUCAAGGGUCAUGGUGGAUGAUGGCGCCUCGCCGCACGAGCACCACCACAGAAGGUUUAUUCGGUUACGACACACACACAAACUCGCCCUCUUCAUCCUCCAUUCCAGUCGGUGUUAUUGGGCCUUCUGGAUCAAUCAAUCCUCCGAAGAAGCCUAUUCUUCGGCUGAACACCGUCUUCGAUGCCGUCUGUCUUGCUUGCCCUUUUGGCUGUUCCCCCUUUUCUCUAUGCGGUAACAUCCCAUGGAAGGGGAAUUGGUGAUUAUCAAUAAUAGUAAUUCCAAUCCCAAACAACGAUCUGGCACGGUUUUUGUA